AUAAAUCCCCCAUCCCAGUUCUGAUGAGAAAGAAAAUGGGAUCAUUAGUUUCUUUCCUUCUUGUGAUUAUAGCAUUUUCUCUGCAGGCAAAUGGGCAGCCCUUGGUUCCUGCAAUGUUCAUAUUUGGGGACUCAGUUGUGGAUGCUGGUAACAACAACCACCUCUACACCGUGAUCAAAGCCAACUUCCCUCCUUAUGGAAGAGACUUUGUCAAUCACAAGCCAACUGGGAGGUUCUGCAAUGGAAAGCUUGCUUCAGACUUCACUGCUGAAAACCUUGGAUUUACUUCUUACCCUCCAGCUUAUCUUAGCAAAGAAGCCAAUGGAACAAACCUCUUGAUUGGUGCCAAUUUUGGCUCAGCUGGUUCUGGCUAUUAUGAGUAUACAGCAAAAUUAUAUGAUGUAAUUUCACUAAAUCAGCAGCUGGAGUACUACAAGGAAUACCAAAACAAGGUGGUGGGAAUUGCAGCACGAAAUAAAGCCAAUUUUACUUCAAUAAUAUCUGAUGCAGUCUACCUUGUUGGUGCUGGGAGCAGUGACUUUCUUCAGAACUACUACAUUGAUCCUCUUCUUUACAAGUUCUAUACGCCCAACCAGUUCUCUGACAUUCUCAUGCAAGCUUAUGCAACAUUCAUACAGAAUCUAUAUGCACUGGGAGCAAGGAGAAUCGGAGUGACCACAUUGCCGCCACUUGGAUGCCUGCCGGCGGCCAUCACCAUAUUUGGGUCGCACAGCAAUGAGUGCGUGGAUAAAGUCAACAAUGAUGCAAUCUCAUUCAAUAACAAGCUCAAUGCCACAUCUCAGAGUUUGCAAAAUGACCUCUCUGGUCUUAAGUUGGUCGUCCUUGAUAUCUACCAACCGCUCUAUGACCUUGUCACAAAGCCUGCCGAGAAUGGGUUUGCGGAGGCAAGGCGGGCUUGUUGUGGAACAGGGCUGGUAGAAACAGCAAUACUGUGCAAUGCAGAGUCAGUAGGGACCUGCGCCAAUGCGUCUGAGUAUGUCUUUUGGGAUGGCUUUCAUCCUUCUGAGGCUGCAAACCAAAUUUUGGCCAAUGAUUUGCUCAGCAGUGGCAUCUCCCUCAUCUCCUAAUUAAAUUGAAUUAUGCACUUAAUCAUCGUUUUUCUUGUUUAAUUAUAAAAUUAAAAUAAGUGCUGGGCUGGUGUAUUUGGUUGCUUGUAUUCUUGUUAAUUUGAUGGCUGGUGUGCUUCUUUUAAAUUAUCGUGAGAGAAAAAAAAUGAUCAAUUAGAUGACAAAGUUCUAAAAACUCCACUCAUGUAAGUUUAGUAGAAUGAAUUAUGAAUUGUGGUUAUUGCGUUGAAAUAAAAAAUUAAUUAAGUUUUUAUGUUUA